GGGCUGUCAGAACGCGCCCAUAAAUAGCAUGCUCCUUGUGAAGGCAGGCCGAGUCUGCAGACAGCCGUGGCUCCUCUGUUCUUCCUGAGGCUACAGCAACAGCCAGAGGUGUUCCUGGGGAGAUGGCAGCACAGCAUGGAGCACCCGAGCAGGCUGCGGCUGGCAAGAGCCAUGGAGGCCUUGGAGGCAGCUACAAGGUGAUCGUGUACGAGCUAGAGAACUUCCAAGGCAAACGCUGCGAGCUCUCGGCCGAGUGCCCCAACCUGACUGACGGCCUGCUGGAGAAGGUCAGCUCCAUCCAAGUGGAGUCCGGGCCGUGGCUGGCAUUUGAGAGCAGGGCCUUCCGUGGGGAGCAGUUUGUCUUGGAGAAGGGGGAUUACCCUCGCUGGGAUGCCUGGACCAACAGCCGUAAUAGUGACAGCCUCCUGUCCCUCCGGCCUCUGAACAUUGAUAGCGCAGAUCACAAGCUGCACCUGUUUGAGAACCCAGCUUUCAGCGGCCGUAAGAUGGAGAUAGUGGACGAUGACGUGCCCAGCCUGUGGGCUCAUGGCUUCCAGGACCGUGUGGCGAGUGUCCGCGCCAUCAACGGGACGUGGGUUGGCUAUGAGUUUCCCGGCUACCGUGGGCGCCAGUACGCGUUUGAGCAGGGCGAGUACCGCCACUGGAAUGAAUGGGACGCCAGCCAGCCACAGCUGCAGUCUGUGCGCCGCAUCCGCGACCAGAAAUGGCACAAGCGAGGCUGCUUCCUCAGCAGCUGAAAGGCACCCAGACCUCGAGGACCCAGACCCACCCUGCAGGGGCUGCCAGGCCAAGAGGAGGAGGCUCCAGGGCUGGGACGAGGGCCAACCUGUCCACCCUUCCCUGGAAUCUGCUCAAUAAAGCCUGGGGUUGUUCCCCCACCUGCCAUGUU